UUUAAGGACCCGACACCUGGCCGCGUGGUGAGCAAGUUAACGCAGUUCCUGCGCAGCGACUAUGUUGCUAUCCCCGUGUAGGCGUCGCCGCUUCCGCUCUGCCGAUGCUGGUCCCAUUCGCGACAAGAAAUCUCCAUGUCAUCACUGUCUGGCAGCUCCCGACGAAGGUGAACACUUUCCUGUGUGCAGGGGGUGCCAUAUGGUUGCGUUCUGUGGCAAAGCCUGUCAGCAGGCCGCAUGGCCUUCCCAUAGGUCUAUGUGCGACUACUACUACGCCCUGCGCAGGGAGACGAGGCGGGCUGUCGACGCCGAUCCAGACGUAGCUUCCCAACAAGCUGCCCAAGGCGUGCCGCCUCUGGAGGUUCGCGCCGAACUCUUCCGCGACUUCAUCGAGCUCUACACGUACACAGCACAAUGGGCACUAUAUGCUGCUCUUCGUGAAGAACACGGGGAGAAUACCGAUGACCACAACCGGACGCUUCUUACAAUCUACCUCACGUAUCGGGGGGACUGCAACGGCGACCCCAGCCGGGCGUACUAUGUCACUGGCGCGGGUUUGACCUACGUGGGCGGGGGCGUCGCACCCUUGCCACCAGGUGUGGAUUCGCAGAAACCCCCGGUGGGGUGUAUACGUGUGGAAAGGGAUACUACGAUCUCCCAAUUUCCAGCCGUAUCAUGGUCUACCGACGAUGGUAUGGCCUUGAUGCCCCUAGUACGCCUGGGGACGAGCGCAUCCCCUCCUAGCCAUCCAUCAAUGCUCGACGGCGUCGACGAUAAAUGGUGGCUCUUCUAUCUGCAAGAAACGAUCAGUGAAGGAUUGGUCUUCAGGGCCCCCAGGCGCGGUUCUGGGAACCAUAUGUUGCUAGGCCGUCUGGAAAAGUCAGGUUCCGGAUGGCGCUGGCGUCCGCUGAGGGCCUCUGCCAGAGCACCUCGAGAGGAUAGCGAUUAGAGGCUUGCGUCGUCUAUGAUCUGCGUAUAUACUGUACUUGUAUUCCAGCCGCCGGAUGCGGUGUUCAUCGAUUUCCUACUUUACGGAGUCUCUGGAGGCUUGACCUCCCCUAUAUAGCUUACUUAGUACUGCCAGCUGGCGGCGCAGCACAUGGCGUCCGAUGCUUCCAACAGAGUACAUUUCAUGGACACGGUUUGGCAAUGUGCUCUCAAAUUUUGGGGACUCUUGUCGUGGGUACAGUACUCAGUACAGUAGGCAGCCCGUGCUUCUAUAACAUUUUAUUAGUAGGAUAUGGAAUAUAUUUUGUUCGGUGACAACACCC